ACUGACUGGUUCUCCAAGAUUUUAACCUUCAGGAAUCUCAUCUUUUGAACAAACAACACAGACCCACCACCUAUAUCUCCUUUAACAUAAAGGAAAGUAAGAAACCCUUUUCUCACAUCCACCUUCUGCUUUCUUUUUCUUUCUUUUUAAUUAAUCAUUUUGUAUUUUUAUUUUAUUUUUUUUGGUGGUAUGAUUACUUCACUCAAUCUGUCUUGUUUUUAAAAGGGGGUUCUUGGUUGGUGAGCUAAAAUCCAGCUGCCAUGUAUUGACUUGCCUUAGAUCAUGGGGUGCUCGUUGUUGUUUCCCGGGUUACUCUCUUUUUUCUUAUUCUUGGAUUCUCUGUUUCUCUUAAAAACCACACUCAAUGUGAAUACCUGUGAAGAAUGCCAUUUUCUUUCCCUUUAAUUUCAUUUCUGCUGAAAUAUAUAAGAGUGAGGCGGUUCAGUUCUUUGGGUGCUAUGAAGUGCUUUUACUUCUUGCAUAAAGAGAAAAAUGAAGAACCAAAGCCCAGAAAAUGUGUUUCUACCCGUUCUACUUCCACUUCCAUGUCAAUGUCAAUUGAUCGUGAAGUGAAAAGAUCUGGGUCAGAGUGCAAUUCUCACAAUGUUUCAGAUUUUAGCUCAGAGUCCUCUGCAAAGAACUCAUUUGCUAUUUUGUCUCAAAGACAAAGUAAUCUUAGAGUCUUCACAUUCUCAGAGUUGAAGACAGCCACAAAGAAUUUCAACCGCUCUCUCAUGAUUGGAGAAGGUGGAUUUGGUAGUGUGUAUAGGGGAGUUAUUCGGAGCACUGAAGAUUCCAAUAAGAAAAUAGAUAUUGCUGUUAAACAACUGAGCAGGAGAGGGCUACAGGGUCACAAGGAAUGGGUGACUGAAGUAAAUGUUUUAGGAGUUGUUGAACAUCCAAAUCUUGUCAAAUUAUUGGGCUACUGCGCUGAGGACGAUGAAAGAGGAAUCCAGCGCCUGUUGGUAUAUGAAUAUAUGCCCAACAAAAGCGUGCAAGAUCACUUGUCAAGUCGGUUUCAAACACCUCUUCCUUGGGCUGCUAGAGUUAAAAUUGCCCAGGAUGCUGCCCGAGGCUUAGCAUACCUUCAUGAAGGAAUGGAUUUUCAGAUUAUCUUCAGAGAUUUCAAGUCUUCCAACAUACUGCUGGAUGACCAAUGGAAUGCUAAGCUGUCAGACUUUGGGUUGGCCAGAUUGGGGCCGUCAGAUGGAUUGAGUCACGUUUCAACUGCGGUUGUCGGAACCAUAGGAUAUGCAGCCCCUGAAUAUAUUCAAACUGGGCGUCUCACUUCCAAAAGUGAUGUGUGGGGAUAUGGGAUUUUCCUUUAUGAACUUAUCACUGGUAGGCGUCCGUUAGAUCGGAACCGUCCUAAGGACGAGCAAAAGCUUUUGGAAUGGGUCAGGCCGCACCUGUCUAAUGUAAAGAAGUUCAAGUUGAUUUUGGACCCAAGGCUUGAGGGAAAGUAUAACAUAAAGUCUGCCCAAAAACUGGCUGCUGUUGCCAACCAAUGCUUGGUUCGGCAGGCUAAGGCACGCCCCAAGAUGAGUGAAAUCCUUGAGAUGGUGAAUAAAAUUGUUGAUACAACAGAUUUGGGAAGCCCCCUACUUCCCAUGAAGAGUUUAACUCCAAAAGAUGCUUCGGAUAUACGCAGACAAGAACGAUUUAAAAGAAAGCUUCUGAAUACAAUAACCGGAGAAAAAGGGUGCUUCGCUUGGAGAAGUUGGAGAUCCAAGCUACCAGAUGAACGAAGAAGGCGAGAUAGUCUUGUUCAGAUGAAUUAGCUCAUGUAGUGAGGCAUAGUCUUGCUCAGAUGAAGUAGCUCAUGUAGUGAGGCAUCCUUUUUGUCACAAAUGUAAAUUGCUGUUCUCCUGUGUACUGCAAAACUCAAUUGUAAAGGUUUGAAUGAGUUCAAAUAUAGCUAUACUUCUUAGUUGAAA